UCUAUAAAGUUUUAGACAGCCAGCCUAUUUGGACAUCGCACAACGACUAUAGAACGGACUCUCUCACUUUUUGCUUUCCAUGGAAGACAAAAACAAUCACAACACAACCUCCUCCGUCAUCUCCUCCGCCCCUGAAUUACCCGAACCCGAUGUCCAAAUCCUCACCUCUGGCGGCCUCCGCAUCGCCGCUCACUCCAGCAUCUUGGCAAUGGUGUCGCCAGUGCUGGAAAAUAUAAUGGACAGGCCACGUAAGCACCGGACUUCUGAGAGAGUCAUUCCGAUUCUCGGCGUUCCAUGCGACGCGGUUUCCGCCUUCGUCGGAUACCUCUACUCCACGAGGUGCACGGAGGAGCAAAUGGAGAAAUACGGGAUUCACCUGCUAGCUUUGUCACACGUUUACUCGGUCACGCAGCUGAAGCAGAGGUGCGCCAGAGGAGUCAGUCAGCGGCUGACGAUUGAGAACGUGGUGGACGAGCUUCAGCUCGCCAGGCUCUGCGACGCACCUGAUCUUUACCUCAAGUGCAUGAAGCUGGUCGCCGCCCAUUUCAAGAGUGUCGAGCAAACCGAAGGCUGGAAAUUCAUGCAGGAUCAUGAUCCCUGGCUCGAACUCGAGAUUCUCCAAUUCAUCGAUGAAGCUGAAUCGAGGAAAAAGAGGACGAGGAGGCACAGGGUAGAGCAGAGCUUGUAUUUACAGCUAAGCGAGGCGAUGGAGUGUCUAGAGCACAUUUGUACGGAAGGAUGCACCACUGUUGGGCCGUAUGACGUGGAGCCCGCAAAGAAAAGGGGCCCGUGUAACAAAUACACAACGUGCCAAGGUGUCCAGCUGUUGAUCAAGCAUUUUGCCUCGUGCAAGAGAAGGGCUAACGGAGGAGGGUGCUCUCGGUGCAAGCGGAUGUGGCAGCUUCUUAGACUCCACUCCUCAAUUUGUGACCAGCCUGAUUCUUGCAGGGUGCCACUUUGCAGGCAAUUCAAAUUGAAAGCGCAACAACAGAUAAUGGGUGAUGAUGCACUGUGGAAGCUACUUGUGAGGAAGGUCUUGUCAGCAAAAACUAUUUCUUCUCUAUCUCUGCCCAAGAGAAAGAGGGAGGAGGAGCUGAGGGAAACAAUGGGUGGUCAUGCACUGAGAACCUUCAGAUUGUGUUGAGGUAUAUUACUAUAGAAAGGAGUUAGUGCUCUAAUUAAGAGGAGCGAGUUAGAUUCUUUUAUUCAUAUGAGAGAAAACUGUGUCCUGGGGUUCUGUAUAUGGAGUGAGUUUUUUUGCCUAGCCAGCUUCAUCCUCCAAUGAUGGGGAGUGCGAGAGCGUUUGUGUCCAAAGCAAGACGAUGUAAAUGGAGUGUCUACUUGUAAAAUUGUAAACCUCUCCAUUAUGUGCAAAUGAAAAUCGUUUCUGCAAGUCUAAUUUGGCUUCUA